AGCGGCUCAAUAGACGCUUGAAUUGGUUUAGGACAAACAGAAAUGCCAUCUCUUGGAUAUUGGAAAAAUAAAGGUUUAGCACAGCCGAUUCGAUUGCUUUUAACAUAUGCCGGGGUAGAGUUUGAAGAUGUACAGUACGGACAAGGGCCUCCGCCGGAUUUUAGCAGAGAAUCGUGGUACAGUGUAAAACCAAAGUUUGGAGAAUUUUUAUCCUUUCCCAAUCUUCCGUAUUACAUAGAUGGCGAUGUUAAAAUUUCCCAAAGUCACGCAAUUGUAAGACACGUAGCCCGGAAAUAUAAGUUGGAUGGUGAGACGGAGAAGGAAAAGGCAGUUGUAGAUAUGAUUAUAGAGGAGGCAAUGGAUCUCAGGAAUAAUAUCUACAAAAUAACGUAUACAAGUGUUGAAAACUACGAGAAGUUGAAACCAGAUUUCUUUAAGAAUCUCCCGCCAAAACUAAAACAGUUUGAGAAUCAUCUAGGUGUAAAUGACUGGUUUGCUAUGGACGCUAUAACAGCUGCUGAUUUUUCGAUGUAUGAUCUUCUUGAUUUUCUUCGACGGUUGCAGUCUGAUUGUUUGAAUGCCUUCCCGAAGCUACAGAGUUUCCUUGAAAGGUUUGAAUCUCUACCAAAAGUCAAGGAAUAUCUAUCACUCGACAAAGUUAAGAAUCUGCCCAGAAGUAGCAAAAUUGCAGUGAGGACGUUCUGAAAUCACAUAUUAUCAAUUCACAAAAAGCAAUGAAUAACAUUUUGAAGAAGACGUCCGUCUAUUGUCAUUUAAAGGGAGUGUCAGUCUGUUAUAUAUUUCAGACUUACGUGCUGUUAACUAUGUUUUACAAUAUGUAGUCUUGAUUUAUUUUCGAUCAUAUUACAAGUACACAAUGCUGCAUAUAGUGGAUACUUUAACCAAGAGUUUAACCAAAACCUUCAGUCUGCCACGACAAGCUUGUUGAAUAUGUACUUUAAAACUUAAUAAAGAUAUGACAUUCAUAAGGACUUGUAAUUGUUGCUUUAAAGCUGCAUGCCUUCAAAAUAUUUCAAUAAAAUCAAACUUGAGAAAAAUGUACUAAGAUGUAAGAAAAAGUAAAAAGUUUCAAGAUUCAAGUAGUAUUUUAAACAUUUUGUGCGAUUAUUGGUUGAUUUUACAGUAUUUACAACUUUAUUUCUACUGAGUUUCUAAUGCAGUUAAGGCAGGUUAUGCAUAUUUUUACCACUUUUUGGUAAUUGACGAGGUUUGUAAGUGCCAUUGAUAAUGUGUAAAUUGCUUCCUUUUGGUCACUUCACAGUAUUACACUUUCAAAUACAUUACAAAAUUUUCAUGAAAAUUAGCAUGAAUCUGGAGGCAUGCUGCUUUAAACAUUAUUUAUAAAUCGGUAUUAAAUUUAAUUUAAUUAUUAUACUACGAAGGGUGUCCGGAAAGUUCAUAUACUUCUUCAUUUUUUAUUCUAUAACAAUACAUACGUUGUACACAUUUUGUCAGCAAAAUUAUACAUAUCUAGCGAACACGUUUAUCAAACAUUACUGAACUGUGACUUACGUUUGUAUUUUAACCGUAUUUACAUACAACAUAUAUACAUCAUCACGGAGCACUUUGACAACGUCAACGGUGUCAAAUUAACUUCACGUUUUCCAACUAUUCAGUUUCUUCCGAUUCCAACAGCCAUGGUACCUGUCUGGCGUAUACUUAAUACAUGUUAUAUUUCUUUGCCAUUACUUUAUGAAUUUCAUAUACUAUAAUCUAUCCUAAAACAAAGAUGUCACUGGUUCCCAUACAGUGUGUGAGAUGUCUGUCUUUUUCAAAGAUUGUUGUUACACAGUCGACGAUAUUUCGGCUAUGCUACUUUUUGUCGUCUGAAGCGUUUCUUAUACGAUAUACUGUCAUCACCGUUUUUUUAAUCUUGUUUGACAUUAAAAGACAAGUUACUUUUUAUAAUUUAUUGUUGAUUUUGUUUUAAAGUAAAGAUUAAAAUAUCAGUCGGUGACAUAUUAGCGUUGCUAUGAAGUUAAAUAACAUUACGUUGCUCCGUCCUUGAAUUUGACGUCACUUUUGCAACACAAAAUUUACACACCUUCAUUGCCUAUCACUGUUGUUAACAAGCUGUUUAUUUGCGUAUGACGUCAUUAUUUUCACUAAAUAUCAUGUAAUAGUAUCCUUUGAUGUCACAAAAUUAAAACGAGAGUUUGCGUUACAAUUACAACUUUUAGCAACUUAUUAUUAUUUGUGUAGCUAUCGUCCAGAAAUCAAAGUGCUCCGUAAUUCAUUGAUCAUGUUGCCAUGGUGAUUGGUGCUUUGCGUAUACAUGUAUUACUUUUAUCGUGUUUUUUAAUUUAGAAAUUUGUAGCAGAUAAAUACUUUAGCAAAGUUUUAAAUCAUCAUAUUGAUAUGACUGCUUAUAAUAAUUUUAUAGCCUUGUCUACGAACUUUCCGGACAGCCCUCGUAUAAUAUAUAACUAUACGGGGCUUGUUUUAUUUUGUAGCAAAAAGUAUCAACAAAAUCUCAAAUUUAGAUUUAUAUCAAUUUUAUUGGAUACCUGACAUGUUGAGAAUUGUUGCAUAUCUAGAAUAUAAUUUUCAUGUUGUAAAAUACACAAAGAUUUGCAUAA